AUGGUCAAGGGCCCCAUCAUGCUAGAGGCGGGUAUUUUGCCCCCGGUUCAGUCUGCUACGGCCAGCUUCAUGAUCCUCUUCACCGCCUCCUCCACGACGCUGCAGUUCGCUAUCAACGGACAGUUCCCGGGCGAGUUCCAGUUCGACUACAUGGCGUGGUUCGCGUUCGUGGGUUUUGUUGGCGGCUUCUGUGGAUUAAAGUGCGUGGGGUACUUCGUGAAGAAGUACAAGCGCGAGUCAAUCAUGGUGUACAUGCUGGCGGCGACGAUCGGGCUGUCGGCGGUGGCGAUGGGGUUCAUCGGCCUGCAGUCAACGCUGGGUGACCUCGAGAGCGGCGUGCACCUCGGCUUCCACGGCAUUUGCGACAACGAAUAG